GAGGAAACAGACUAGCCUACUCCUUCAUACUGAGUGAGAUUUUAUUCAUCAAGUGAAAAUAAACACUGGUGAUAGAGGUGGAAAGUCCCUCUCGAAAGUAUCUUUUGACAAGCAACAAGGGUUCGCUCAAUCAAGCCACUCUUCGUCUCGCGUCUCUAACGGACAGCAAAAGUGAUCCACUUUCUCUGAAUUCGCACCUCAGGGUUUAAAUCCAACACAUUUCCAAUAUGUCAGGUAUCGACGUUGAAGCUCUGCUCGAGUCGACUGCUGAGCCUGGUCCAACGCAGCAGACUGAGGAGGCAGUAAGCAAAACCCACGACUCCGAUUCCAAGAAAGACCGUAGUGAUCGUCGAGACCGCGACCGCGACCGAGACCGUGACCGAGAUCGAAUCCGAGAUGGAUCCCGUGACCACGAUAGGGACCGCCGGCGCCGGGACCGGAGUCGCGAACGUCGUUCGGAAAAGGAUGCUGAUGGAGACGAAGAGAUGAGAAGUCCAAGGAGCGAUCGCGCAAGUGCUAACGGGAGCUACAGAAGUAGAAAAAGAAGCAGGAGCCGCGACAGCGACAGACGCCGCUCCCGACGCGAUCGCUAUGGCGAUGACUAUCGCUCUUCGGGUGGCGACUACUACCGAGGCGGCGGUCGUGCUCGCACCCGUUCCCGAUCACCUCACGAUGACAGAUAUUAUAGGCCGAGUGGUCGAUCACGCCGCGAUGAUGAUCGUGAUGAUGAUAGACGUCGUAGCCGCCGUGAUAAGGAUGGGCGCAAGCGGUCACUGAGCGCUAAGCGUCGUAGUAAAACUCCAGAACCACAGCUUACCGAGGAUGAACGUGAUAAGCGUACAGUCUUUGUGCAGCAGCUAGCUGCACGGUUGAGAACAAAGGAAUUGAUUGCAUUUUUUGAGAAAGCGGGGCCGGUAAAAGAUGCUCAGAUCGUCAAAGACCGCGUGAGCGGAAGGUCUAAAGGUGUCGGCUACGUCGAGUUCAAAAACGAAGAAUCAGUCCCACUUGCCAUCCAGCUUACUGGCCAGAAACUUUUAGGAAUUCCCAUCAUCGCCCAAUUUACCGAAGCUGAGAAGAAUAAAGCCGCCCGCAAUACCGAGGGGCAUGUGAGCGGGAAUCAGAACUCGAUUCCGUUUCACAGACUAUACGUUGGUAAUAUCCAUUUCAGCAUCACUGAGAGCGAUUUACAGAAUGUUUUCGAGCCUUUUGGCGAACUUGACUUUGUUCAACUACAAAAAGAUGAAAACGGCCGUAGCAGAGGCUAUGGAUUCGUGCAAUUCCGUGAUCCUAACCAAGCCCGUGAAGCGUUGGAAAAAAUGAACGGUUUUGACCUCGCUGGUCGACCUAUUCGUGUUGGCCUUGGUAAUGACAAAUUUAGUUCCGAUCCCGCAACGAACCUCAUGCGACUUCAAGCCCAGGGCCAGCAAAAUUCCCUCUACGGUCAAGGUGGCCGUGGGGCUGCGACUGCGCUUGGGGGCAAUUUUGAUCGUGCGGGAGGCCGCGACAACGACAAAGGCGUUGGAGGCGCCAGUGCUUUGGAUGACACAGAUGUUGCCGGUGUGAACUUCAACAAUUAUAGCAGAGACGCAUUGAUGAGGAAACUUGCGAGAACAGAUGAACCUGCUGCAGAUACUACCGCCGACGACAAACGCAAGGCACCGAAAGCUCGUCCAGAGGCUAAGCCACUGCCGGUCAGUGUCAAUAUGGCAAGCAGAUGCGUGCUACUCCGAAACAUGUUUGAUCCUACUGAGGAAGAAGGCGAUAGUUGGGUCAAGGAACUUGAAGACGAUGUCCGCGCUGAGUGUGAGGAAAAAUAUGGCCAUGUUGUCCACAUUGCUUUAGACCCGAACGCGCAAGGUGAUAUCUAUCUCAAAUUUGACCGUGUCCAGGGCGGAGAGAAUGCUAUCAAAGGCUUGAACGGCCGAUUCUUUGGUGGACGCCAAAUCACCGCACAACCUGUCGUCGACGCCGUAUAUAGCAGCCUAUUCUCUCGCACGAAGGCCAUUUAGUCACCGCCUUUCAGACCCCGAUUACCUCCUUGUUAAGAAAGAGGCGUGGUAGGUAUUGCCAUGAGGAAACUUGGCGGAAACUUGUCGCGCAACUGGAGAACAUCGGCAAAUUUUCCCCCAGCAUCACCGAGCGUUUGAUAUCUGACAUUGGAUUAGGUUUCGCUCAUGUCUUUUUUAACUCGAUUACCUCAAAAGUAUGGAUCCAGUUCAAGCGCCGGAUUACAUACCCAUUGAUUGCAACUUAAUGACCUUCAUCCCAUCACCUGGUUUUGUGAGCAACCCGUCUUUGUAAUUUAUCCCAUUCAAUGAAUUAGUGCUGUUCUCUUUCUAAGCUUUCUCUAUAAUGCAUGG